CAUAUGUGUGUCUGAGUGUCUGUUACUGCAAAGGCAAUUGGAAAAUACAUCUGUGCUUCUUGCCGGACAGUUAGUUUUACCAAGACAUACAGAAAGGCACAAAAUCAUGGAAUAUUUGCACAUCAUCUGGAUUACAUAUGCCUUGUUUUAUUGCUGUGUAGCUUAUGAUUGCCCAGAAGGAUGUACUUGCUACACAAACAACAACACUUCUGUGAACUGUAUCUCUGAAACAAUAACAAGCAUGCCACAGAACAUGCCCAAAAAUGCAGUCUUUAUCACGGUUGAAUUCACCAACAUAACCAAGCUGGAGCAAAAUGACUUCUCUGGAUUUUUGCAGCUGCAAGAACUUCAUCUCUCUGAUAACAAGUUGAAAAGUAUACCGUCCGGUGUGUUUAGGAAUCUCAGUGAACUCAAAACCUUGAGUUUGUUUAAUAACUUUCUCCAUGACCUCCCAAUGGACUUAUUUAGCACUUUAUUCAACUUGACUUUUCUAACUCUGAAAGGGAACCAGUUGCAACACAUCAGAUCUGAGUGGUUCACCAAUCUCAAAUCUUUAGAAUCCUUAGAUCUCUCUAAUAAUAUUAUAAGGGCUGUUACAGCCAACAUUUUCUCUAGUUUACAUAACCUAAAAACCCUUGACAUGUCAGAAAAUAAGCUUGAAAAGUUACCAUAUGGUCUUUUUGAUGACUUGCUGAGCUUAGAACGAUUAAGUCUCCAAGAAAAUCACUUGCAUUCAUUGCAUUCUGGUAUCUUUGCUCACCUACAUAACUUGAAGUACUUAUUUCUGGAAAAAAAUAAGUUGAAACAAUUACCUUCAGAACUUUUUAAAAAACAAAAAAACUUAGAUACACUUCAAGUAAAUGAAAACUAUCUAUCUUCUAUACCCGAGGGGCUCUUUGACCAUUUGGAAAAGCUUGGAUUAGAAUUUCAGCAAGGCAUAGACCUAUCUCUUAAUCCCUGGAUCUGUGACUGCCGGUUGCUCUACCUAUGGAAAUGGUUAAAUAAAAAUAAUUCAAAGGUUUAUUCUCUUACAGAAACAAGAUGUGACCUGCCAGAAAGUCUGAAAAAUAUGCUGCUGACAGAACUAUCUGAAAAAGAACUAACCAGUGCUUGCUAAUUUCUUAAUUUUAAAUACAUCCAUUAUUUAGGAAUACAUAGUAUUUUUCAGCUUUCAUGCUCUCAGAAUUAAAUACAUUUUGGUCUCAUGUUAACAAUAUAGCUCUUUCCAUAUAAUAGUCUGUUUCAGCUUACGUGUGCUUUUCCUAUAGUGACUAGUAGCUGUGUGCAAUUUAUACUAUGGAAAUGUAUCUUAGCCUGAGACUUUUGACGCAAAUGCAUUGCUCAAAAUGUUUCCAUUGCAGUUAUGGAAACUUGACUUGUUCUUUUCAUUAAGCAAUAAAAUAAGCAGUUUAAUUAUAUUUUUCCAUUUAAAUGCUGACUUUGGUAUUUUUGUAAGCUAGUAGGUAGCUAAUGUAUGUACAAUGAGUUCUAGUAAUUGGCAGUAUAUUUUAUUUUUAUAUGUAUUACAUGUCAGUUCAAAAAAAUCACCAUCAUAUAUGUGGAAAAAAAUCUAGUCAUAUGGACACCUGCUUUUGUGUUAGGUCAAAUGCAAAACUGCACAUUGUGUACAUGCAACCAACUGCAUGUUAUGCAACCAUUAUGAUAUCGAAUAAAAGGUAUCUGACAAGAUAUUGAAUUAA